AUGGUCGGCAGUGCGCUGUAUGCACAGCUGCCUGCAUGGCUACGAGCAAUGGCCAAUCAGUCAAAGGAACGUCCAUACUUGAUAGUUGAAAGAGCCAUUGCAAUUGGUUUUGUGGCCUUCGUUCGAGGUUCGGAGAUAGCGCUGUGUUGUUCGCGAAAGUCUCUUCAGGGACAAAGAAGUUUGCUUCGUGAAUUAUCCUGUGAGUCCGAUACAGUUUGGUGCACUGAGUGGUAUUGGCAAGGAGUCCUUGUGUCCACAGAUAUAUGGUGGACUUGA